GGAAGAAAAACCCUUAAAUGCUUUCAUUAGCUCCUCCCCUGACAACUGUGUCUCUCCCCCCAAAAAAACAAUAAUUAUAAUAACGAAAAUUCAAAUACAAAGAUUCCCCAUCUUUCUCUCUUCCUUCCUUCAUUCAUUCUGGUUUCUACUCCUUCACUUCACGCGGUCCAUCAUAUUCAACAGAGGCCAGAGCCACUUAACACCACCAUCGCCAUCACCAACAGUACAAAAACUGAAAAACCCAAACUUUCCUUUCCCCCUCACACUUUGCUCUGUUUCAUUCAAUAACCCUAUAAACCCACCACCUUCUCCUCUCUAUUUCCUCCCUCCUUUCUUCUUAACUCUCACACCCAUGGUGGUAGCUGGGGGGAUUAACAGCAAACGCCUAACCACCACCGUUAAGAAGAAGGAGAAAUGGAAGCUCUCCUCCUCCUUCUUCUUCUUCUUCUUCUUCUUCCACCUUCUCCUGAUUCAAUCCGUAUUGGGUCAGGAUUGGGACGGCGUGGUGGUGACUCAAGCUGAUUUCCAGGUGCUGCAAUCUUUCAAGCAGGAGCUGAUCGACCCAAAGGGGUUUUUGAGGAGCUGGAACGAUUCCGGCUAUGGAGCUUGCUCCGGCGGCUGGGCUGGGAUCAAAUGUGCGCAGGGCCAAGUCAUUGUGAUCCAGCUUCCAUGGAAAGGGUUGGGUGGGAAGCUCACUGACAAGAUUGGGCAGCUGCAAGCGCUAAGAAAGCUUAGCCUUCAUGACAAUGUCGUCACAGGGACAAUUCCUCAAACACUUGGUGUGCUCCCUGACCUCAGAGGGUUGCAGCUGUUUAACAACAGGUUCUCUGGCUCUAUCCCUCCUACUCUUGGUUCUUGCCCUCUGCUUCAAAACCUAGACCUGGGUAAUAACUUGCUUGCUGGUAGGAUCCCAGAUAGGUUAGCCAAUGCGACCAAGUUGUUUAGAAUCAAUUUGAGUUACAACUCUUUAUCAGGUCCAAUCCCAGCUAGCUUAACCCAUUCUCCUUCCCUCGCUUACCUUGAUCUUCAGCACAAUAACCUCUCUGGUUCGAUUCCUGACUCUUGGGGUUCCAGUUUUAGCUCAAAGAACAAAGCUUUUUCUCCGCCAGUGCUUCAGUACUUGGCCAUUGCCCACAACUCCAUCUCUGGAUCCAUUCCACUUAGCCUUUCAAAUCUUUCCUCGCUCCAAGUUCUGGACUUGGAGAGCAAUUUGCUUGAUGGGCAAAUCCCUGAAGGAAUGGGUAAUUUGCAGAACCUUUCUAUCCUCAACUUGAGGAGAAAUCAGUUAGUUGGUCCAAUCCCUGUGACAUUAGGAGAGAUCCCAACAUUAACUAGGCUAGAUUUGUCUGAGAAUAAGUUUAGUGGUGAAAUCCCACAUUCACUUGCAAACUUAUCUAGGCUUAGCUCAUUCAACGUCUCCUACAACAAUCUAUCCGGCCCUGUACCCACUGAACUCUCCAGCAAGUUCAACUCCACUUCCUUUGUGGGAAACAUUCAGCUGUGUGGUUAUUCUGGAGCAACACCAUGUCCAUCUCCACCUCCAUCACAGAUUGGCCCAACUCAGCCACCUGAAAGGAAGAAGAAGAAGAAAAAACUGAGUACCAAAGACAUUAUCCUGAUUGCAGCUGGGGCACUUCUCGUUUCGCUGAUGAUACUCGUGUGUGUACUGCUCUGUUGCUUGGCGAGGAAGAGAACAGCAGCAAAGGCUAAAGAAGGGCAACCGUCAACGGCAGCAAGAACUGCUGCUGCUGGGGUGGCAGGAGGCGAAAAGGGUGCCCCUCCGACUGCUGCUGAAGUCGAGGCGGGUGGUGAAACUGGAGGAAAGCUAGUCCAUUUCGAUGGGCCGCUGAUGUUCACUGCUGAUGAUCUUCUGUGUGCUACUGCUGAGAUUAUGGGGAAGAGCACUUAUGGAACUGUUUAUAAGGCCACAUUGGAAGAUGGCAGUCAAGUUGCUGUGAAGAGGUUGAGGGAGAAGAUUACCAAAGGUCAGAGGGAGUUCGAAGCUGAAGUCAAUGUGCUUGGCAAGAUCAGGCACCCGAACCUUCUUGCUCUCAGGGCUUACUAUUUGGGGCCUAAGGGGGAAAAGCUUCUUGUGUUUGAUUACAUGCCAAAGGGCAGUCUUACAACUUUCCUCCAUGCUAGAGGACCGGAGACCCCAAUCGACUGGCCAACUCGAAUGAAAAUAGCUCAAGGCAUGACUAGGGGACUGCUCUACCUACACAACAACGAGAACAUCAUCCAUGGCAACCUCACAUCAAGCAACGUCCUUCUCGACGAGAGAAACGAAUCCAAAAUCGCAGACUACGGCCUGUCUCGGCUAAUGACAGCAGCAGCAAACACCAACGUGAUUGCUACAGCUGGUGCAUUAGGUUACAGGGCCCCCGAGCUAUCGAAGCUCAAGAAAGCCAACACCAAGACCGAUGUUUACAGCCUCGGUGUGAUCAUCCUAGAGCUUCUGACUGGGAAGUCACCAGGCGAGGCGAUGAAUGGAGUGGAUUUGCCACAAUGGGUUGCCUCCAUUGUUAAAGAAGAGUGGACCAAUGAAGUGUUUGAUGUGGAGUUGAUGAAGGAUUCUACUGAGAUCGGUGAUGAACUGCUUAACACGUUGAAACUGGCUCUGCACUGUGUUGAUCCCACGCCUUCUGCUAGGCCAGAAGUUCAGCAAGUGCUUCAGCAGCUCGAAGAGAUCAGGCCGGUUGCUGGCGGUGGUGGUGAUGGUAGUUCCGGACCGUCCGGUGAUGACAGAGCUGCAGUUCCUUCAUCGAGUGAGUAGAGUGACUGAGUGAGUGAGUGAUUGUUAGGAAAGCCCAAUUCUUUCAUUCUUGCUGGUGUCCUAGCUAGGAUUUUGAUUUAGUUAGUUAUGUUUGUGAAUACCACGUUUGGUUUGAAGAUGUCUCAAUGUGUUUGUUUCUUUAGGUCGGAUUUCUUUCAGCUAUAUGGAGAGAAAGUGAUUCAAAUCUUGUUAGUUCUAGCAUUGUAGUACUUCUGGGUGCUGCUUAAGGAAUGGCUAUUGUGGUCGAGCUCUGCUGCUUAUUAUCCUAGACAGAACAGGAAAAAGAGUUGCAGUCAUAAAAUGAGUUUUUUUAAUCAAUUUUUCUAUUUAAU